CUCGAACCCUAAGCUAAGCCCCACCACGUAACACUCGCUGUAAUUACCAAAAUGCCACUCUUCUCCAAAUUCGCACCACUCGUCCCCCGGCUCCGCCGCCUCUCCACGGCGGCGGCGACCGCCGCCGGCGAGGAUCCUAAGCUAUCGCGAAUCGCGGACGAGCUCCUCGCCCUCUCCCCAGCCGAGCUAGACGACUACGCCGCGCUCCUGCGCCUCAAGCUCCGCCUCUCGCUCACCUCCAGCGCGGCCGCGGGAGGCGCCUCUCCGGCCGGGGCCGGGGACGCCGCGGCGGGAGCAGAGGAGGCAUCCGCCGCGGUGAAGACGGCGUUCGACGUGAAGAUCGAGAAGUACGAGGCCGCGGCGAAGAUAAAGAUCAUCAAGGAGGUGCGCGCGGUGACGGACCUGGGUCUGAAGGAAGCGAAGGAGCUGGUGGAGAAAGCGCCGGUCGUGGUUCGCACGGGGUUGCCCAAGGAGGAGGCCGAAGCGCUCGCGGCCAAGCUCAAGGCCGCCGGCGCCGCCGUAGCACUCGAGUGAUCCCACGAAGGUCACAUUCUGAAGGUAGAUUUGGUGCAUGAAUACCAACAAUCAUCUCCGCAGCCAUAUUUGUCUGCCAAUUCUCAACUGUAAUUUAUAGAAGUCAGCUCCUGGAAAUUAGGAAAAGAAAAACUGGCUUAUAUUGCAUCAUUUAAUUUGUAUGUCUCUCCUGUAGUAGGCUUUGGUAUAUUUCAUUACAAAUUUCCCUGUUUGUACCCUGCCUAGCUUGGACUCCUCGAGGAUCUUGUGUGUUGCUGCAUCGUGCUCUCUCUUAAUGCAAUGACAGGAUGUUUUGCGUGUCACGAGAAAAGAAAGAGAUGCUGCAUGUUGCAAGUUUUGAGCAAAGGUUUGUAAUGUGCACUAGCUGAUGUCUAUGAACUGAUGGUUUAGCUUGCUUUUGAAGCUCUGAGCAUUUACCUGGUACAAACUUGUCAGUUCCUUAGAAUACAGAUGCAGUAUGGAUGUAAUAGUUCUUAGAAUAUAGUAUUAUUGAUCAAUCAAUUAAGUGCUUCUGAGACCAUUGGAAUGCAA